GGCUGAGGUUAAACGGCUAGGAAAUGCGUAACAUCAGUGUAGCACAGAUAUUUUCUCCAUCAAUACUGGGUGGCGACGCUCUCUCCAUCAUGAAAGAGCUAUCGUCAUGGGGAGCAACCGAGAGUAUCGACCCUUGAGCGGAGAAGAGGAGGGUGAGAUCGAAGUGAAAGGCAUCGACUGGAACGCGAGCACGGAGAUUAUCCCUACCCAUACCCCCAGCUUCGUCGUCUAUCUAUCGCUGUUCCUACUUUCUCUCUCAGCAAAUGUUCUGCUGAUGCUUGAUAACGCUCGCCUCCGGUACUCUUCCAGCGACUUAGGGAAGAGCAAGUACAGCGGAAUCACCUUUGACACCGUCAUUCCGUUCCACUCCUAUACGCGAUACUGGAACCCCAAUGUCAGUCAAAGCGUCACGGAUGAGGCGUGGGACGCGAUAGACACGAAUCCUAUGGCGAUCUCCCUCCACGAUGACUUCGCGAAGCAGGUUGGCUUAGGGCCAUCCUCACGCUUCCCCUGGGACAACGAACGCAGCAUCUACUAUAUUAAAGGCUUCCACGAUCUGCACUGCUUGAAACUUAUACGGAAAGCCAUAGUCACAAAACAUAGCGGCGACGGGCAGACAUUCUCUCUUCACCAUCUUCUUCAUUGUCUGGACGGGCUGCGGCAGGACAUCAUGUGCGCUGCUGAUGACACGCCAAUGCCCGCUGCGGUUGCGCAUCAUGUGGGAGAUGGCCAGCUGAGGAGGUGCCGUGACUGGAACAAACUGACGGCCUGGGCUACCAGGCCCGAUCAGCACGCUUGUCACAAAUUCGACGACUAUCGCGAGGCCACUAACACCCUAGAGCUCUUCGCUCACUGCCCGGAGGACUCCCCUUACCGAGCCACCAUGAAGGCUUAUUUUGAGUACCAUGGGCACAAAGAUCCGUAUGAGCAGAUGAGUGAUGGUCAAAAGGAGAUUUUCUAG